UAUAAGAGGAAGCAUCAGCUAACUGUGCCUAUUCCAGAUUGAACUGUGCCCUCUGAACAGUUUGACCUGCUGCAAGAGAGGAGAGUGACAGGCGAACAGGCGUAGUUGCAAAGUGCCACAUAGUGCUACUUAGGCACAAGUGACUCAGUGGCAGGGAAGUGGAGAAGAGGAGUUACAUUAGUGCUCAUCUGGUAGUAUUAAUGAUUAGAGGGGGAAAGGUACAGGAUUUCUUCAGCCUACACCACAGUAACCGAAAAACUGGAAAAAUGACGAUGGCAUGUGCCCAUUUCCUGCUGUUUAUGCUCUGGAUUGUGGAUGUUGAUGCCUCACGUCGCAAACUUCUACUUCCAAUCAAACCUGAGCAGGAUCCUUUGCCAUUUAAGUCGCAGAUAGGUUGCCACCUUGGGAAUAAAGUGUACUCCCUAGGGGACACAUGGCAUCCAGACCUGGGAAAACCCUUUGGAGUAGCAUACUGUGUGGCAUGCCGUUGUGAGGCGCAGCGGAGCCAUUGGGGAAAAACAUCUGGUAAGAUCAGCUGUAAAAGCAUCAAGAGUCAUUGCCCUACAAUCACCUGUUCCAAUCCUGUAGAAACCCCAGGACAAUGCUGCCGGGUGUGCCCCAAGGCUCUUCCACCACCCCUCCAUUCGAAGAAAUCCGAAUUUAUUUUCGAUGAGUUUGAGUAUUUCCAAGAAAAAGAUGAUGAUCUUUAUAAUGAUCGUUCUUACCUCAGCUCUGAUGAUGUCGGUGUUGAAGACAGCCGUACAGAAUACGUUGCCUUUUUGACUGCUUCCAGUUCUGUGUGGCCCCCAGUGAAUAGUGGACUUGCCAAGGCUAAAUUCAAUUUGCAGCGUUCCAAUUUACUUUUCUCCAUCACUUACAAAGGCAUACAUGGCCUUUCCCGAGUUCGUUUCACAGACCCUGAUGGCUCUGUGUUGUUUGAACAUCUUGUGCACAGAGUGGGGUACCCGCAUAGUGACACAAUCUGUGGCAUAUGGAGAUCUGUUCCUCGUCCCUCUCUGCACCUUCUUCGUUUAGGACACAUUCUUGUUUCUUUGGUGACCACAGCAAUUUCCGAGCCUGAAAUCACUGGCAAGAUUGUCCGUCACAAAGCUUUAUUUUCAGAAUCUUUUAGUGCCCUUCUAAUGCCAGACGGCACAGAGGAAGCAAUGGAACGAGGUCUUGCUAUGCUGACGCUUAGUGAUGUAGAUGACAAUCUGCACUUUAUCCUUAUGCUCAGAGGAAUACAAGGAGGAGAACGAGAAGGGAUUCCAAUAACUGUGCAAAUCGUACACCACAAUCAUGUUAUAAGAGAGCUCUACGCCAAUAUUACCACACAGGAGCCAGAUUUUGCAGAGGUUUUACCAGACCUGUCCAGCCGUGAGAUGCAGUGGCUUGCCCAGGGACAGCUGAAGAUUGCAGUGCAGACCGAGGGAAGGCAUAGACAACGAAUCUCAGGCAUUAUUACGGUCAGGAAGUCAUGUGACACUCUGCAGAGUGUUUUAUCUGGAGGAGACGCCUUGAACCCAACAAAGAGUGGAUCAGUUGGGUCUGCAACCUUCACACUUCAUGAAAAUGGGACAGUGGAGUAUCAGCUCCAAGUUGCUGGCAUUAUGAGUGACGUGACAGCAGUGACACUGGAGACCAAACCUCGAAGAAAGAUUAAGAGAAAUAUUCUGCAUGACCUAACGAAGGAUUUCCAUGAUGGAGCGGCUUGUGGGCUGUGGACAAGCGCUAAUGCCCGGGACCUGCACAUGCUACUUCAAAGUGAACUUUUCCUUAAUGUAGCCACCAAAGAUUUCCAGGAAGGAGAACUGAGAGGACAGAUCACACCUUUACAAUACAGUGGGAUGUGGGCCAGACAUGAGAAUCUUCCAAUCCCCCUGGCUGGUCAGUUUGUGUCACCACCCCUGAAGACAGGAUCAGCCGGUCAUGCCUGGGUGUCUCUAGAUGAACACUGCCACCUGCACUAUCAGAUUGUGGUGACAGGUCUCGGGCGUGCUGAGGAUGCAGCGCUCAAUGCACAUCUGCAUGGCUUUGCUGAACUUGGUGAAGUCAGUGACAACUCAAAUGGUCACAAGAGACUGCUAAAAGGCUUCUAUGGGUCAGAGGCUCAGGGUAGUGUAAAGGACCUUGAUCUUGAACUGUUUAGUCACCUGAACCAAGGCACUGCAUUUAUCCAAGUCAGCACAAAGCUUAAUCCACGUGGAGAGAUUCGGGGGCGAGUACGUAUUCCAAACAGCUGUGAAUCGGGAAGUACACUACUCUCUCCGGAGGACUCUGAGCAUGAAUCAGUUGAGAAGAACCACCAGCGUCACUCAGAGGAUCUUGGAAAGGACUCCAGAUCUUGUCAUUUUGAAGGAAAAUUAAGGGCUCAUGGAACUAGAUGGGCACCUGACUAUGACAAGAAGUGCACAGUAUGCAGUUGUCAGAAACGCACCGUGAUUUGUGACCCUAUUGUGUGCCAGCCUCUGAAUUGUACUCAGCCCCUUCAACUACCUGACCAGUGCUGUCCAGUGUGUGAGGAAAAGAAAGAAAACCUGGAAGUGAAAAAGCCUGGAAGACCUCAGGCUGAUGGUUGUUAUUUUAAUGGGUUUUGGAGAGCUGCUGGGACACAUUGGCAUCCAGUGGUUGAACCUUUUGGUCUAGUCCUAUGUGCAACUUGUACCUGCAAGAAUUCCUCACCUGACCUCCCAGACCUGCACUGCGUGAGAAAGACCUGCCCGCGGCUUACUUGUGCUAAUCCAAUCCGUGCCAACCCAAUGGACUGCUGCAAGAAGUGUCCAGAGGAAGAGCAAAACCCUGUGGGGCUGGCAGACGGAAUGCAGUCUGAUGAACCAAGGCAGUGCAAAGUGAUGGGUCAUCUGUAUUCUAACAAUGAGCGGUGGCACCCGACCGUUCCAAAACACGGCGUGGUGAAGUGCGUGACCUGUGUUUGUGUGGAUGGUGUUCCUCAGUGUGACAAACAAAAAUGGAAAUGCAGUGAUCCGGAAUGCAGGGCUAGUGGAAAGCCAGACAGAAUUUGCUGCAGUGAGUGCCAAGAUGACAGCCAGGAUGAAGAUGAGAAGUUCAACUCUGAGGAGCCUUCUGUGAGUACAUGGAGCCAUUAGAGAUGAGAGAAAGGGACUUUGGGACUCGGAAUAUUGUGAAAUUCCCAGGGACAUGGUUUCAAGUCCCUGCAGGAUUCUCUGAUGAAAAAACUCAUCGGACAUUUUAUUUGAAGGUUAUGACU